AGCGGAUUACUGUUUGCGUAUUUUCUAUAUCAAAUUAUAAGAUAUUUGCAAUUUAUUUCGAGCCUUAACGUAAAUUAACCGUUAAACCUUCAGUGCACUGUUAUAAUUCUGAUCGUUUGCAAAAUGCUAUCGUCAGGAUCGGCGGCUAUUGGAGUCAGCGCUCUUACCGCUGCGAAUUACGGCAAUGACCGCAGUGACGUGGUCGAGUAUGCUAACGAAGGAGGAUUUUUUCAUGCCGAUUAUAAAAAGCACGAUGAUUUGAAGCAAAUGCUGGACAGCAACAAGGAUAGCCUGAAGCUAGAGGCAAUGAAGAGGAUUAUCGGCAUGAUUGCAAAAGGACGGGAUGCAUCGGAUUUGUUCCCAGCUGUGGUGAAAAAUGUGGUCUCGAAGAAUAUCGAAGUAAAAAAGCUGGUUUAUGUCUAUCUAGUUCGUUAUGCGGAAGAACAACAGGACCUGGCGUUACUUUCAAUAUCGACCUUCCAGCGUGCUUUGAAAGAUCCGAACCAAUUGAUUCGGGCUAGUGCCCUUAGGGUUCUGUCGAGUAUUAGAGUGUCGAUGAUUGUUCCGAUUGUGAUGCUAGCAAUUCGUGAUUCGGCAUCGGAUAUGAGUCCCUAUGUGCGCAAAACUGCAGCUCAUGCAAUUCCGAAGCUGUACCACCUGGAUCCAGAGCAAAAGGAUGAACUAAUUACUGUAAUUGAGAAGCUGUUGGCUGAUAGGACUACCCUUGUGGUAGGUUCUGCGGUGAUGGCGUUUGAGGAGGUUUGUCCCGAGCGGACGGAUCUUAUUCACAAAAAUUACCGGAAAUUGUGUAACCUACUGGUUGACGUUGACGAAUGGGGUCAAGUUCUAAUCAUCAAUAUGCUAACCCGAUAUGCCAGAACACAGUUUGUGGAUCCGAAUGUUGAUGAUUUUAACAAUGAAGAUGACGAGGAGAAUAAACCCUUCUACGACGAAUCAUCAUCAGAAUCGGAACAAACGAAAAAUGUGCUGAAAUCUCCGAGGAAAACCUACUCUUUGGACAUUGACCAUCGGCUAAUACUGCGCCAGGCCAAACCAUUGCUGCAAAGCCGAAAUGCUUCCGUCGUGAUGGCCGUAGUGCAGCUUUACCACCACAUUGCUCCUAAAAGCGAAGUCACAAUUGUAGCUAAAGCAAUAAUUCGGCUACUGCGAAGUCACAAGGAAGUCCAAAGCGUCGUGCUUACAUGCAUUGCAUCGAUGUCGGUGGAGAGGAAGUCCAUUUUCGAACAGUAUUUGAAAUCUUUCUUCGUGAGAUCUAGCGAUCAAACACACAUCAAACUAUUGAAGCUAGAUAUUCUGACAAAUCUAGCAACGGAGACAAGUAUUUCAGUGAUCCUUCGGGAGUUCCAGACCUACAUAAGUAGUAACGAUAAGGAUUUUGUUGCCUCGACCAUUCAAGCCAUUGGACGAUGCGCUGCUUCAAUUAAAGAAGUAACGGACACGUGUCUGAACGGAUUGGUUCAUUUGUUGUCAAACAAAGAUGAAUAUGUCGUUGCCGAGAGUGUUGUUGUCAUCAAAAAGCUGCUGCAGACUCAAAAAGAAGAACAUUUCGAUAUUAUCACGCAAAUGGCCAAGCUGUUGGACUUCAUACAGGUUCCAGCAGCACGUGCCUCGAUUCUAUGGCUGAUUGGCGAAUACAACGAAAAAGUGCCGAAAAUUGCGCCAGAUGUUUUACGCAAACUGGCCAAGUCGUUCAUCGAAGAAGAGGAUGUUGUCAAGCUGCAAAUUUUGAAUCUCGCCGUGAAAUUGUAUCUGACUAAUCCGCAGCAAACGGAACUACUCUGUCAGUAUGUGUUCAAUUUGGCUCGAUACGAUCAAAAUUACGACAUAAGAGAUCGAGCAAGAUUCUUGAAGCAGUUUAUAUUUCCAGCUGGAGGAAAGCAGACUACACUGUCACAGAAUGCAAAGAACAUAUUUCUAGCCGAGAAACCAGCUCCAACACUGGAAAGCAAAUAUCAUGGCAGAAAGCGCUUCCAGUUGGGUUCUCUUUCACACUAUUUGAACAUGAGAGCGAAUGGUUAUCAAGACUUACCUCCAUUCCCGGAGGUUGCUCCAGAUAGUUCGGUCCGCCAUGUCGAGAUGCCUCCGGAUUAUGGCCAACCAACGCACGCGGCUGAUGAGGCAGGCAAUGAUGAUGAAGCUCAUAUAGGAAAAACAAGAGAUAAGAAAAAUGCAAAAACGAAAUCCUUUUACUCGGAAUCGGACAAGAGCUCUUCCGCAGAUGAAAGCAGCUCUGAAUCGAGUUCCAGCUCAAGCGGUUCAAUAGAAUCUGGUUCGGGCUCCGGAGCGGCUUCAGAUUCGGAUGACGACAACGGUAACGAGAUAUCAAAAACAUUAUACAACGAAGUAGAUGGUGCCACCAAAUCAAAAGAAGAUUUCGAAUCGCUUUCCUCAGGAUCAGAGGAGGAAAGUGGGGACAGCAGUAGUAGCAGUGGCAGCUACGAUAGCUCAUCCAGUGACGAAGAUAGUGGAUCAAGCUCUGAAUCCAAACCAGUGAAACCGAACAAAGCAGUUGCAAAAGCAAACACUACGAACAAACCAUCGCAGAAGAGUAAUCUAGAUUUACUGCUAGAUUUGGAUGAUAUUCCACCGGUUGGACCGAUAAUGACACCCUCUCUUGGCGGUUUUUUAACUCCAAUGACUGGAUUAAACUCCGACAAUCCGGCAUUGGCUAAUGUAGUUGAUUUAGUUGGUCCCAGUUUCAUUCCUAACAAGUUCCAAGAAUUGUUGAACAAAGUUAAUGGAUUCGGACUUGGAAUUACGUAUCGCUUCACGCGAGCUCCGCAUCUUUAUUCCGCUAAAAUGAUAUCAAUUGAACUAACGUUCACCAACCACGGAAAUAUGGAGCUAACUGACGUCCAGAUUGGCCAGAGAGGUCUUCAAGCAGAAAUGUCCCUAAAUGAAACUCCUAUGAUCGAGAUUCUCAAUCCGAAGCAAUCGUGGACAGGUAUUCUUGGUCUGGAUUUUAAUGAUUCUACUCACCCAGCAAAUUUUGAAAUCAAGUCCAACAGUCGUGUAAGUAAUGUUACACUGAAAGCCCCAGUUGGGGAACUCAUUCGAUCGGUCACAUUACCGGAAUCACUUUUCCUUACGGAACGUGCUAAACUCAGAGGUAUGACAGAACAUUCCUCCAGUUUUCCAUUAAAUGCUGCUCUAUCGGUGCAGAACAAGUCCUUGCAUCAGAAGAUUUUCGAGGUGGCCAACGUGGCCAAUAUUUCUAGUUCGGAGGAGGAUAAAGUUUUCUUUGCUGCGCAGACGAUGAGCUCGAAGAGUUUGGUUCUAAUAGUGCUGCAAACGAAAGAUGGUUCUGAAUGCUCACUGACUGUCAAUUGCGACAAAAUGGUAGUUGGCUCAAUGUUGCUAAAUGAGAUUAAAGCUGCAAUCAAAAACUAAACUUAUUCUACGUAUUAUAUGUUAUUUUAUAAUCAACGUUGUUUUAUUUUUUGCUCUCGAGUAAUUCAUUCGAGUGUAGCUUCACGGCAUUCAAUUCAAUUUGUAUGCGAUUUACAUUCUUUCCAUGAUGUAGAAUAAGUGCGAAUUUUUUGAUUCACUCAGAUCACAAUGAUAAGAAAUGUGGACAAAAAAAAUAGCGCACUUUGAAAGAAAAUUUAAUGAACAUACCUACUAGCACUGUACUAAUGAAAUAAAUGUUGUU